UAAAAAAGAAGAUCAGUCCUGUAAUUAUAUGAAUUAUCCAUCCUAAUUUUCGGCCCAUUUCGAAUUCUGAAUGCCCUCCACUCCAGUUGGACCUGUAAUUGUGCUUCUAAUCGUCUUUGCGGCCCAUAUUUUGAACACAGGACGAUGUCUAUCGCAAUUCACUCUCACCAUUGCCACACUCUCCUCACAAGCUGCAAGAACUUAAGAGGCCUUAUCCAAAUCCAUGCCUCCUUUAUCAAAUCUGGCGUCGAUACGAAUUCUUACUUCACCGGAAAACUAAUCCUACAAUGUGCAAUCUCUAUUCCCGACGCUCUACCUUACGCUCGCCGUCUCUUGCUCUGUUUUCCUCAUCCUGAUGCCUUCAUGUUCAACGCUCUCAUCCGAGGCUACUCUGAAUCCCACGAACCGCACAAUUCCGUCGCGGCGUUUGUUGAGAUGAUGAGGAAAGGUCUCGUCUUUCCAGAUAGCUUCUCCUUUGCGUUCGUCGUCAAGGCUGCGGCGAGUUUCCAAUCUCUGAGGACCGGAUUUCAGAUGCAUUGUCAAGCUUUGAAGCAUGGACUCGAUUCGCAUUUGUUCGUUGCCACUACCUUGAUCAGCUUGUACGGUGAAUGCAGGUGUGUGGAGUUUGCUCGCAAGGUGUUCAAUGAAAUGCGUCAGCCGAAUUUGGUUGCGUGGAACGCUGUUGUCACGGCUUGUUUCAGGGGGAACGAUGUUGCGGCAGCCAAAGAAAUCUUUGAUAAGAUGUUGGUGAGGGAUCACAUGUCAUGGAACGUGAUGCUUGCUGGGUACACUAAAGCAGGGGAGCUUGAGAGUGCUAAACGUGUGUUCUCGGAAAUGCCUCUGAAGGAUGAUGUCUCUUGGAGUACUAUGAUCGUUGGGUUUGCUCAUAAUGGAAGUUUCAAUGAGGCUUUCUCGUAUUUCAAGGAGUUGAGACGAGCAGAGAUGAGACCAAAUGAAGUAAGCCUGACCGGAGUUCUCUCUGCAUGUUCGCAAUCCGGGGCAUUUGAGUUUGGGAAGACAUUACACGGGUUUUUAGAAAAAACAGGGUAUUGUUGGAUAAUUUCGGUAAGAAAUGCGCUUAUUGAUAUGUAUUCUAGGUGUGGUAAUGUCGCAAUGGCUAAGUUAGUAUUUGAAGGUAUGCCAGAGAAGAGAAGUAUUGUAUCUUGGACAUCAAUGAUUGCUGGCUUAGCAAUGCAUGGUCACGGAGAAGAAGCUAUUAGAUUCUUCAAUGAAAUGACUCAAUCUGGUGUUAGGCCAGACGGGAUAGCUUUCAUUUCGCUUUUGUAUGCUUGCAGUCAUGGUGGACUGAUUAAAGAAGGUGAAUAUUACUUUUCAAAGAUGAAGAGAGUUUACCACAUAGAACCAGAGAUUGAACACUAUGGUUGUAUGGUUGAUUUAUAUGGCCGAUCUGGAAAACUCAAAAAGGCUUACAAUUUCAUAUGCCAAAUGCCAAUUUCACCAACUGCCAUAGUGUGGCGGACUCUUCUUGGGGCCUGCAGUAGUCAUGGGAAUACCGAAUUAGCCGAGCAAGUAAAACAAAGGCUUAAUGAGCUUGACCCAAAUAACUCGGGGGAUCUUGUUCUUUUGUCGAAUGUUUAUGCUACUGUAGGUAAAUGGAAGGAUGUUGCUUCUAUCAGAAAGUCAAUGAUUGUCCAUAAGAUCAAGAAGAUAACUGGUUGGAGCAUGGUUGAAGUUGGGAAAGCCAUGUAUAAGUUCACUGCAGGCGAGAAAAAGAAGGGAAUCAAUGUAGAGGCCCACGAGAAGCUAAAGGAAGUAAUCUUGAGGCUUAAAGAUGAAUCUGGGUAUGCCCCGGAAGUUGCAAAUGCUUUAUAUGAUAUAGAAGAAGAAGAAAAGGAGGAUCAAGUGAGUAAACACAGUGAGAAGCUUGCUCUUGCAUUUGCUCUAGCUAGAUUGUCUAAAGGAGCAAAUAUCAGGAUAGUGAAGAAUCUGAGAAUUUGUAGAGAUUGUCACGCUGUUAUGAAGCUGACGUCGAGAGUUUAUGGAGUAGAAAUUUUGGUCAGAGACAGGAAUCGCUUUCAUUCAUUCAAGGACGGUUCUUGCUCAUGUCGUGACUAUUGGUAACAGUUCUGAGCAGAAAAGUCUCAAACUAUAAACCACUUUAUUAUCUAAGCUUCCACUAGCAACCUCAUCACUAGAGACUUUUUACAGCCAACACAAAGUUUUAGAAGUUUCUACAAGGGUCUUCAUUUGUGGUUAACAUUAUCUUGAGGUUGUGGGUUAUUU